CCCCCCCCCUCCUUUCUCUCAAUAAAUACCAAAAAUCCUACCUUAUAUAUCGCACCUCAGAAAAAGUACUUCAUCCAAACAACACCCAACAUGGUCGACAUCGUCCCUCUCUCCUCCUACCCCUCCUACAUCGAUCUCCUCCCCGCCAUCCAAACCUGCAACAUCACAAACCUUCCCGAAAACUACUUCCUAAAAUACUACCUAUACCAUGCCCUCACCUGGCCGCAGCUGAGCUUUGUGGCCGUCGUGCGCCCGCGCAAUGGCUACACGAAACGCACAGGCGCCGGGACAGGCACGGGCGAUUUGUCCGAGCAGUACCCCAAGGUUGUCGGGUACGUGUUGGCGAAAAUGGAAGAGGAGCCAACGGACGGCGUGGCGCAUGGACAUAUUACAAGUUUGAGUGUGAUGCGGACACAUAGACGGUUAGGAAUUGCAGAGAGGUUGAUGAGGAUGAGUCAACGUGCAAUGGCUGAAUGCCACCGUGCAAAAUUCGUCUCCCUUCAUGUUCGCAUCUCCAAUACCGCUGCUCUUCACCUUUAUCGCGAUACAUUGGGUUUCCAAGUCGACAAUGUCGAAAGCAAGUACUACGCUGAUGGCGAGGACGCUUAUGCGAUGCGCAUGGAUCUGACCAAUAUGUGGUUGGACUGGGCUGAGAUCGAGAGGAAAGAUCGGCUGCGUCAGGCAAAGGACGAAAAGGACGCGGAUGAAGGUGACGAGGUUGGAGAUCUAGGCAAGAAGGAGAACAACAGUGAGGAGAAGAUGGUGAAGGUGAAGAUUGGACGGAGCUUAGGGGUUGGCGACCUGGUUGAGAAGAAUGAGGCGCAAACAGCCUAAUAGAGUGAUUUUUUGCUCAUAGAUACCUACCCUACCUAGUUUGGAUGGGAUUGAAUAAACGAGGAUUAUCAGGAUUACUCUUGAUAAGAUACUGGGAGAAAGUAUGUAUGUAUACAUUCUAGUGACAUGUCCACUAUCAACCAACAAAAGGGGGGGAAAUAUCCCUAAAGUCUUUUGUGUGCUAGAUAAUGGUAUUAAUCAAAAGGUCAUCAUAACUUCAUUAUGCUGUAUGAACUCUGUAGCCUCAGCGCUGACAAGAAAAGCAAAUGACAAGAAUUUGAGAACAAACACUUGAACAGAGUUAAGAGACAAAGAUAGUACACGAAAGGAAAUAC